ACUACUAAAUUUUAGUACUUCUCUUUCCACCUUAACUUUAGUAAAUAAGACACGAUGGUUAACGUUCCAAAGACUAGAAAGACCUACUGUAAGGGUAAGGAAUGUCGUAAGCACACUCAACACAAGGUUACUCAAUACAAGGCCGGUAAAGCCUCUUUAUUCGCUCAAGGUAAGAGAAGAUAUGACCGUAAACAAUCCGGUUUCGGUGGUCAAACCAAGCCAGUUUUCCACAAGAAGGCUAAGACUACCAAGAAGGUUGUCUUGAGAUUAGAAUGUGUCGUCUGUAAGACUAAGGCUCAAUUAUCUUUGAAGAGAUGUAAGCACUUCGAAUUGGGUGGUGACAAGAAGCAAAAGGGUCAAGCUUUACAAUUCUAGUAGUGUUGUUGGUUUACAUAUUAUUAUAAAAUUUAUAAAUAAGAAAAACCCCUUCAUGACAAAGAAUAUACAUUUAAUUUAAUGAUUUGUGUGGUGUUUGACUAUUUCACUUGUACUUUAUUCGUGUAUUAAGGAAUACAUACCUUUAUUGAGAUUUUGACAUGUAGAGUAACUCGACUAGUUCGGGACAAUCGCGCCUGAUAAUACCGCUAUAAUUCCGAAUCAAUUUCAGCCUAGGCCAAAAAAAAAGUGGACUACGUAGCAGGUGCGAAUCUCGCUAGCCCACGGUUAACUUCCCACAUCAUUAUUAAUUACUUAGUAGUAUCAGUGACUAUAUCUCUCUAUCAUUUUCUAUGAAAUCCCGAUCUUGUCGACACAAGAUCUAUCCAAUAAGAAACGUACAAACUUAGCACAAACGAGACGACUUGUUUUGAUUUCUGAAACUUCUUGUCAUGUUUAUUUUUUUUUUUUUUGGCUGCAUGUAGAAAUUUUUGUUAACAAAUAAGUCGUAGAGUACUGUGGUGAUUUUUCUGUGGGAUCUCAUUACUUGGACAACCAUCAAACAAUAUCCAUACACAUUACUAUAUCCCCUACGGAAUUUAGGUAAUAUUACCGAAUAGGCUUUUUGGAAGAGGUAGUGACCACGUUAGAAAACAAUCAUGAAUUUUGACGAGCUCACUGAAGCUCAGAAACAACAACUUUACUACCAACACCUUCAACAACAACAACAACAGCAACAACAGCAGCAACAACAACAGCAACAGCAACAACAAUAUCAACAGCAAUACCACCAGAAUGCUCAACAACAACAAUAUCCCCAGUUCACACAACAACAGGCAUACCCGCAAAUGAACCAGUACGCACAACAACCCAACAUCGUAUACCAACAACAACAACAACAACAACAACAACAAAUAUCUCAACAAUAUGCACAAUACGACGAUAGCUAUAUGGAUGAAGACACUUCACAAAUACUAGAUCAGCCUCCGACAGUGCAAGAUCAGAAUUCUCCGGUUAGACGACAACAGGAGCCAACAGUGCCAUUAUCUUCCACAUCACCCCGAUUCAACUUGGGAUUCGACAAUGCUAGCCCGUUCACCAAUACCAAUAAUGACUCAUUCGAAAACGGGAAAUUCACCUCGAUAGAUUCCUUGAAUUUCAGACCUCCAACUUCAGCAUUCACUCAGUUGAACAACAACAGUCAUACUAAUCUUUCUGAAAUUAGUAGCAAUUCAGCCACCAAUUCUUUGGUAUCCCAUCAUUCAAAUCAAAACGUGGGUUCUCCAGUUAUAACCAAUAGUACUAUUCCUUCCGGUAUUACACAGCCUCAAGCUGCACCUACUCCUGCUGCUAAGAACACAGUCAAUAUUGUCAGACAGCCGAACUUGCUCACCAAGAACUCACAAGAGAAGGCUGCCUCCAUCAAAUUAACUUUGGAAAACUACUAUACCAUGUCUGUCAACCAUGCCAUUGAAAGAAACCAAAGAAGAUUAGACUUAGAACACAAGUUGUUGAAUGAAGAAAGUGGAUCUUCGGAAGAAAGAAAGAACCGUCAAUUGCAAAACUUGGGUAAGAAGGAAUCUCAAUUCUUGAGAUUGAGAAGAACUAAAUUAGCAUUGGAAGAUUUCAACACCGUGAAAGUUAUUGGUAAAGGUGCCUUUGGUGAAGUUAGAUUAGUGCAAAAGAAAGAUACCGGGAAGAUUUAUGCUAUGAAGACAUUAUUAAAGUCAGAAAUGUAUAAAAAGGACCAAUUAGCCCAUGUCAAGGCUGAAAGAGAUGUAUUGGCAGGAAGUGAUUCUCCUUGGGUUGUUUCUUUAUAUUAUUCAUUUCAAGAUUCUCAGUAUUUAUACUUGAUUAUGGAGUUCUUACCUGGUGGUGAUUUAAUGACCAUGUUGAUUAGAUGGCAAAUCUUUACUGAAGAUAUCACUCGAUUCUAUAUGGCUGAAUGUGUCUUGGCUAUUGAAGCUGUUCAUAAAUUAGGAUUUAUCCAUCGUGAUAUUAAACCUGACAAUAUCUUAAUUGAUAUUAGAGGACAUAUUAAAUUAAGUGAUUUCGGGUUAUCUACUGGGUUCCACAAGACCCAUGAUUCCAACUAUUACAAGAAAUUAUUGGAAAAGGAAACACCAAACACUCAACAUUUACAACCUCAAACUGCCAAUGGAGCACGUAAUUCAGUUAUGGUUGAUGCCAUCCAUUUGACCAUGUCAAAUAGACAACAAAUGCAAACAUGGAGAAAAUCACGAAGAUUGAUGGCAUAUUCGACCGUGGGUACUCCCGAUUAUAUUGCUCCUGAGAUUUUCAUACAUCAAGGGUAUGGACAAGAAUGUGAUUGGUGGUCGCUUGGGGCAAUUAUGUUUGAAUGUCUUGUUGGAUGGCCACCAUUUUGUUCUGAAACUCCUCAUGAGACAUAUCGUAAGAUCUUGAACUGGCAGGAAACCUUGCAAAUACCAGAAGAUAUUCAUUUAUCUCCCGAAGCCGAAGAUCUUAUUCGAAGAUUAUUGACAUCAUCUGAAAAUAGACUUGGACGAUACGGAGGGGCUGAAGAAAUCAAGCAACAUCCGUUCUUCCGUGGUGUUGAUUGGGAAACGAUUAGACGGGUGGAUGCGCCAUUCAUUCCUAAAUUAAGAUCAAUUACCGACACUAGAUUCUUCCCUACCGAUGAAUUGGAGAAUGUUCCUGAAAACCCAGCAUUGAGUAAAGCCAUGCAACAACGGGAAAUGGACGCCAAGACUGGGAAAAAGAAUCUUAAGGAAGAUUUGCCAUUUAUUGGAUAUACUUAUUCGAGAUUUGAUUAUUUAACCAGGAAGAAUGCGUUGUAAAACUGUUUUAUAUAUAUAGUGAUUCAUAUGCUUUGAAAUUUGUGAUUUGUAACUUAACAAAAUACAAUGAAUAUAGACCUUAAAUUGAAUUAUAGUUCGAAUAAAAUGACAACAGAAGAAACGGGCGGAGUAUAUAGGAAAGCGAUGAGCGGAGAGUCGAGGGUUAUUUUUUUCCAAUGUAAAUGUAGAAGGUCGCCCACCCACAGUUUUAUUACAAUUAGGCUUGUUAUUAGUCCCCUACGGUAGGUAAAAGGUGGGGCGGUCCAUUGUUAUUGCAACCCCCCAGUUUCGGUAUGAGCUUCCGGACUGUUUUUAUCUCAUUGUCAAUUCUUCAUUACGUUUUCUUACAUCGUAGAACAAGGGAAGUGGUAAUAUCGUCUCAGGGAUGACAAUGGCUCACGGUAGUUAGGUAAUGCUUUUAAGUGCAUACCCGAAGUAUCCCGACAGUUCUCAUAUAGAAGAAUACUACCUUGCUGGAUAUAAGCAAUUGGUUCUAAACGUUGCCAAUUGAACCAAGGGGAUUGGUUUAGGGGGGUAUUUCACCUACUUAAUUUCAAUACACGGCUGAUGUUAUUUUUUGUGAUAUUUUUACUUUAAUGUGAGAUGCCGAUUUUUUCCUCUUUUGUAUUAUUUUAUUUUAUAUGCAAUGAAGAUCGGAUUUAAAAUU